UUGUAAUACUCUUCUUAUUUGCCCAAGUAAAACCCAUCCCUAAUCGAAGGACGCGUUUCUUCUUCUGGCGCACACUCUAGGCUUCUUCUUCCCUGAACCCUAAAACCCAGCUUAAAGCUUGACCCGAAGAUGAGUUUCUUUGAUUUGAGCCUUCCGUACGACGGCAAGAACGCCGGGGAAGGGAAAUCCCUUCUCGUGAAGCUAGCGACGAAAGCCAUGGAAUUGGGAUAUGUUGGGAUCGCGUAUAAUCGCUCCAUUAAGGGUAUUAUGUCGGAGAAGGACCGUUGUGCAAUCCCGCUUCUCACUGUUGAAUCACUCCUCAAAUUCGCUCCGCCGUUAACUUCAUCGGUCGGUUUCCACCGCGACCUUCUUGGUGUCCGGCGAGACACUCCGUUCCGACAGUACACGCGCCUCACGGUCGCCGUUGAGAGCAAUGCUCAGAGUCUGGCUUUGAACUCCGACAAUCCGAUUCUGAAAAGUUACGAUAUAGUUGCUGUUAGGCCUUUGAAUCAGAGCGCGUUUGAUCAGGCUUGUGAAAAAGCGAAGGUUGAUAUAAUUUCAAUCGAAUUCUCGGGCAAUAUGCCAUUCCGGUUGAAACAUCACAUGGUUAAAGCUGCAGUUCAGAGAGGGAUUCACUUUGAAAUCAGAUACUCGGAUCUUUUAGUGGAUGCCCACAAGAGGAGGCAAGUUAUAUCGAAUGCCAAGCUGUUGGUGGAUUGGACACGAGGGAAGAAUUUGAUUAUAUCAAGCGGUGCUCCUUCGGUCACAGAACUAAGGGGACCAAACGACGUAACGAAUCUAAUGUCCUUGCUUGGGCUCUCUACUGAAAAGGCCAGAGCUGCCCUUUCGAAAAAUUGCAGGAAUAUGAUAAGCAAUGCUUUAAGGAAAAAACUUUUCUAUAAAGAUACAGUACGAAUUGAACUAGCAUCUUCCAAUGAAAAAUUCAACCUCGAGCAGCUGUUACCUGGGGACUGGCUCAGAUAUGAUCCCCUCUCUAGCGGCGAUGGUGACAUGGCCUUAGAUGAUCUGGCCAAAGCUUUUGGUGCCACUAAUAAUGCUUCAUCCAAAUCCGCAAAGGCGAUUGACUUCACUUCCGUACUCGAUGACUUGCCAUCACGUGGUUUUCAGGUUAAUGACAUUAUCAAAAAAACUAAAUUUGGGCCCCAUCCACCCGUUGACAAGGCGAAUGAUGAGCCAGUGCAGAGUAAUCAAGCUUCUGAACUACCUUUGACUGUCCCGACUGAACCUGAUGGUAAUCUUCUAGAAGAUGGACCCUUGGGCCAUACUUCUGACCAAAGAUCACAAGAUGAGAAUAAGGUUGAAUCUAUGACAGUUGCAGCCGAGCAAGAAACAAGUGAGACAAACGGCUCCUAUCAGGAACCAGGUCUUAUGUUGCAAGGUCAAGCAGAAGCAUUUCAGACAUUAACACGCGGCAUGGAGUUAGAUGAUGCAGCAUCUCAUGCUAACCAACAUAGUUCCUCGGCUUCAGAGGAUAGACCAUUGCUAAACAGUGUUAGCUGGAGCCCAGAAGACAAUGCUAAAAUCUUAACUGCUGGCUUUGUUCCUGUGGAUGAUGCGGUGAUGGAUGUCGACGAUAACAAAGGAGCUACCAGUGUGGCUUUCCACGACAUGCCUCUGCGAAGACACGAUGAUAAGAAGCAGUUUUCUGGAUUUCGAGACAACACAUUAGCUGGUGAUGUUAAGUUGAUAGUUGAUGAUGAUUCUUCUUGCCCGAAUCAUAAUCGUACAGAAGAGGUGGUGAUGGAAGACAAGAAGUAUGAAAUAGGUGAAACUGGUAGUAGUCUUUAUAACAUGUUUUGUGGGAUCACUGAUUUGGUCAGAGAACCAGUUGAACAUCCUGGUCAAGACCCAAUUGCUGCUGACCAAUCUCCAAAGUUGAGGGAAGAAGAAGAGCCUUUGGUUCGGCAUCACGAAGAUGUGACAAUGGAACACGAGCCGAAUGAAGAGACUGAAGAUCGAAAUGGUCACCAAAUUUCUGUUCUAUCCCUCGAAAGAACCAGUGCCUUGACCUCAGGUAAACCUCGGGGUAAGAAGAAGAGAGUUCACCCAUCGCAGUUGCAGCCUUUUAAGGCAUUUCUACAUCCUUCGCGCUUCAAGCGUAUCGGGAAAAGAUCGAAGCAUCGAAGACCUUCGUCUUCAUCAUGAGAGAUCACUCUUUAACUGAAGAUUUAAGUUAUGAUGAGUAGCUUCUCGUUUUUAUUUUUUGAAGAUAUAUAUUUCUAGUGUCAUAUAACUCCGGCUCACGAUUUCUGUCAUGAGUAUGCUUUCGUUCCAAUAUGUAAACAAGACAAAAGCAGAAAAGCAUAUGAAGUUAAUGAUAUCACAGAGGAUAUUAUGCUUUA